CCCAUUCGUCUCUGUCCCUCCCAUUCGACAUUUCGCCCUUCUUCCACAUCAAAGGUUGUAUUAAGAAGAAUUAGGUACUGAGCUGAAAUUGUUGGUGAACUAUAUAGAAGGAGGAAAAAGAUGGACAGUUGGGAGGAUGAAGAGGCUAUUCCAGACGUUCUAAACCAGGUGCAAGUCAAGAAGAGUCAAUGGGAUGAUGAGGAUGUAGAUGAAAAUGACAUAAAAAAUUCAUGGGAAACUGAUGAUGAAGAUUCUACUCCGGUAGUGUUGAUUACCAUUAUAUUAUAAACAAUUACAGUAUAUUGUAAAUGUACUACCUCAGUGGCUCUCUCCCCUAUAAAAAGAGUCAUGUUCAAGCUAGACUUGACUUUUGAAUUUUGUCCAGGUUCAAUCUAUAGUUCUAAAACAUUAACUCAAUCUAUAAAACACUAAUGCAAUCUAUAGUUUUAAAAUUUCUCUCUUUUACUAAAUUUAUCAUGUGCAACUUGUCCAGCUGUAUGUGACUCAGAUUUUUUUGCAAAUGACAUGAAAAUUAAACUCUUACUCCCUCCAAUCAUAUCUAUAGGGGUGUUUCUAGAAGGAUUACUUGGUCCUCUUUAUAUGGAAUUUUGAAGCUUUUGAGGUGUGUAGAAAACUUCCUUUCCAAAACAUUCCUAUUAUUAAAAAUUUUGGUGCCAUGUUUUCAUAUUUUCCUAAUUUCCUUGCUUUUAUAGGGGUAAAAUGGGAAAACAUAUAAAUUUAUGUUAAACUUUACCUUUUUACAAUUUUUCAUAGAAAUCCCUUAUAAAUAGGACCAUAUAGAGUCAUGGAGAAUUUGAUCAAGGCAUAAAGUAUGACUCUUUAUUGGUCACAAUGUUUGCGGGCAAAGAAGUGUUCGAAAGGUUAUUUAGUAUUUGCAGUUUAAGAUAAUGUUGGUCUCUUGUGAUGAUGUGAUGUAAUCAGGCACCUGUGGCCCCUACCGAAAAGACUUCAAAGAAACCUGUUUCUAAAGCAGCUGAAAAGAAAGUGAAAGCAGUUAAAAUUGAAAAGGAGGAGCCUAUAGAUCCAGUAGCUGAAAAACUACGCCAGCAAAGGCUAGUGGAAGAAGCAGAUUAUAAGUCGACAACAGAAUUGUUUGCUAAGAAAGGUGAUGAGAAGACCAUUGAAAAUUUCAUCCCCAAAAGUGAAAGUGACUUUGUAGAAUAUGCAGAGCUCAUUUCUCAUAAGUUGCGUCCUUACGAGAAAAGCUACUUCUACCUUGGGUUACUCAAGGAUGUAAUGAGACUUGCAAUGACCUCAUUGAAAGGGCAAGAUGCAAAAGAAGUGGCCUCUUCAGUUACUGCAGUUGCAAAUGAAAAAAUCAAAGCUGAAAAAGAGGCCAAUGCUGGCAAAAAGAAGACAGGUGGAAAGAAGAAGCAGCUGCUUAUUGACAAGGAAGAUGAUGAUGCUGUGGUGAAUGCAUAUGAUGGUUAUGAUGACUAUGAUUUCAUGUGAUAGCCUUUGCAAGCCAAACUAAACUAAACCAUAAAUAUAAAGGGCUAUCACAUACAAAUCUGCUUUGUUUCCCAGACUCUUCUUAGGGAUUGAUGAUCCGGCGGCUUGUGCUCCGAAAUUCUUGAGGUGAUGGAGGGCUUAUUGGUUUCCAUCAAAUAAAAGAUUGUUGAAAUUUCUCUUGUUUUUUCCUCUUUUUUUUUUUAAAAAAUGUUUUUGUAUUUUUCUUUUGCUUCUCUGUUUGGUGAAUCUUUGUUCCUCUCCUCCUGUAUGAUGACUGUAAGAUAUUUGUCUCAGGUUUUGAAUCUACAUUUUGCUUGAUGAGUUGCCAUUAAAGAAAUGCUUUGCAACACAUCUUUUUUUUUUCUUCUCUUUUGUGACCAUAUAUGGGCCAUGCUAUUUUUUGUAACAGAUGGGAUUUUUUUUUUGGUAUCACAUUCUUUUGGUAAUGGAAAUUGGUAUCACUUUCUUUUGGUAGCCCUGCCUAGAUGUCACAGAAUAAAAGUUGGUCAUGAUG